AGCCGCCGGACGCGACUUCCUCAUGUCUGAAGAUCGACCAGCAGGCACAACAAACAGCACCGUAACUUCCUUUACCCUGACGAUGCCCUAGCAGCUUGUCGCAUGCUAUUCUGGAGGUGUUUGCGACUCAUCUGCGACUGUACGAAGUGCUCGAAAGCGUCCAAUCCACCUUCAGCCCUCGUUUUCUGCGAGUAAACAAUCCGCCAAACAAACACACGGAAAUAUCCACACGGCGCAUAGCGAUCUCCAUUCUCCCACAACCCUCUCUUCCCUCCUCCCGCUCCACGACGAGGACACAUGCUUCGCCAUGUUUUCGUGGAUUACUGGCCCGCGCAUCACGAACGUGAUAGAAGAUCUCCAGCCCGAAAACAACUACGAGUCCACCUUCAUCGAGCCUCCCGAGACGCCCGCUCAUCAGUUCGCCGUCAAAGCUUUCAAGCACGCCAUAUUUGGAACGCCUGCACCCGAAGAAGCGAAAGAUGCCUCGAAGAAGAGCGAGAGGAAGGCGAGGAUAGAUGCAGCAAAUGCAAAAGCAUUUAAUCUCCCCGCGGCGAAAGAGAGUGGGCCGCCCAUCUCUCCAUCGAAACAGCCAGGCGGCAUCCUCAUGACGCCAGGUACCGCAAGCAAGGGAAGGAAGCAGGUGUCGUUCGGGUCGCACGUGGUAGACAAUGAAGGCAAGCGCGGCAAUAUUGGCAAGACCGGCAUACCCAGUGACUGCCCCGGAAAGUUCCCGAGUCCUUGGACACCUGGCACACAACUGAAGCUUGACCCGGAAAGUGACAAACGACCGCGCACCCGCCUCACCGAAGCCCUCCUCGACGCGCGGACAACCACACAGCCGAAGUCGGGACAGAAACCGAAGGCGAGAGACGACAGCGACACCACAAUAGACUUGGGUGCCCCGCGUUCCGAGUCUGGUAAAUACUGGAAGGAGCAAUAUGAGAGCUACGCGGAAAAGAGCGAGAAGGAGAUGAAGAAGGUCAUUGCCAAGCAGCAGCUGGCGAAGAAGUUCGCUAUGAAGAAGGACGGCGAAGCCACAGAACUAUCCACCAAGCUCGAGCAGGAACGCAAGCGAUACAGGCAACGGGAGCGAGACCUGGAACAACAGAACAAAGAUCUCCAGGAAAGGCUACGUCAAGCGAUGGCUGAGAGCAUGUCUUCGAAUAUCGAGAUCGCAGCGCUGAAAGCCCGAAUCACAGUCCUGGAAGCGUCAGGCUCGAUACCUUCCUCUGAACUUCAACAGAACAAAGCUCCAUUCGAGAUAUACGAAGAUGCGAAUAAGGAUAACCCACGAUCGCCAACGCGUGGCUUAGAUAUGGACCCUGAAGUGUCAUUCGCUCCUAAUAACAGCAUGGCUUCGUCUACCAAGGAGAACUCGUCGCCCAAGCCCCGCCUUCACCGCCGUGGUACGAUUCCUGACACUUUGAACCGACCAGUGCUCCCGUCUAGACUUGGAACAGCAGAAGGUGAAGCAUCUAUCAUCCUAGGCCGAUCGCCUCAUGCACCGCACGACGCCCCUUUGAGAUCACUCUGGAGAAGGCGCUUGCACAGCCUCAGCACGAGCAACCGCAGCGAUCGCCACUGAAGAUCCGCAGGCCAGUCGCAGCUGACGAGAAUUAUGCGCCAAAGUCACCCGCCGCGAUCCCACCGUCUAGUCCGUUACCUGUACCAUCUCCGGGUCUUGAUCCCUGGAUGGAGAUUAACAACAGUUCGAUAGCGCAAAUGGACAAAAUGGCUCUACCGGUCUCUACCGGUCAGCCAUACUCACGGCCUGAGUGGAACCCACCACCAAAGCAACAUC